AUGGAAGUUAUAGAAAUCGAUACUUUAGUCUGCGGCGGUGGCAUGUCUGGCAUGGCAUGCGCUGCAUUUGGAACACAGGCCGGGGCCAGCGUGCUGGUGGUCGAGAAACAAGCAGAAAUCGGAGGGUCUUCGAAUCUUUCUGCCGGCAUGUUCUGGGCGCCUCAUACGUACGAGAAGUUGCGAUCAUGGGUACCAAACGGUGACCCGGUCUUGCAACGGGCAUGGAUGGAUGAUUAUCUUCCAGCGGUGCAGUGGAUGCGCGACAAUGCAAUCCCUACCGCGAAGCGAUUCGACGGCAUUAUGACAAUUGGCAUCGGUUUCCCGAUUCAAAUUCCUCAUCUCCAUAACCUUCAGCGUGGUCGCAUUGAAUCAAGCAAAACUGGGUCUAGAAUCUUGACCCACGCGACCGUGGUCAAGCUCAUUCAGGAAGCUCCCGAAAUUGAGGGAUCUCGCGUUACGGGUGCUAUUGUCCGUCAUCAGAAACCAGGAUCCUCACCUGUACUUUAUGAAGUACGGGCAAAGAUUGUUGUACUAGCCACUGGUGGCUUCCAGGGCUCCUCGAGUCUGACAGCCACCUAUCUGGGCCAAGGGGGCGACAAUAUUUUUGUCCGGUCUAACUCAGGAUCUGUAGGUGACGGCCUCAGCUUGGCCACUGCAGUGGGUGCUGGGACAAGUCGUGGGAUGAACACUUACUACGGCCACCUUUUGGCAGCUCCUGUUCGAGCGGAACAGGUGAAUCCAAAGGACUACCUUCCCUUGGCUCAAUAUCAAAGCAAGUACUGCCUCUUGUUAAAUGAAGCGGGGCGACGAUUCGCAGAUGAGACGACUGGCGAUGAAAUUGUGAAUCAGUACUUGGCCAAGCAAGAAAAGCGCCGUGGAUUUAUUCUAUUCAAUGAGAAAACGCGCGUUCAACACUGCUUGGGUGCAUUGUUUCCUAACGCAGGGGAUGUAGAUCGCCUCCAAAAGGCCUGUGAGUAUGGCUGCAAUGUUGCCAAGGCUUCCAACCUCUCCGAUCUGGUUGAUAUUCUUAGCACGUGGGGUGUGGACGGAGCGCAAGCAGCUCGCUCAAUUGAUCACUAUGACCGCGUCGUUCGCCAGGGGCAGACCGAUGCCACGCUCGAUGCUCCCGUGGGUCGUGGAGGACAGCCUCCUGCAUCCUUGGUUGACGGUGAAGGUCCGUUUUACGCCAUGGAAGUUCAACCAUCUAUCACUUUCACAUAUGGCGGGAUUUCAAUCGACAGUCAAGGACACGCUUUGACACGGGACAAAAAAGUCAUUCCAGGCCUGCUGGUCGCUGGAGUCGAUGCCGGUGGAUUUAGUAACUUAGGCUAUGCAGGCGGCCUUGCCCUCGCUUUUGUGACCGGUCUGUGGUCCGCUCGAGCCGUCGCGCGCGAGCUCGGAUUGCCUGAGCCGCGCCUCCCUGCUGCUGAUGUCAAAGAUGCAGUGCCGCUUGAAUCGAAGCUCUAA